AUGGACUCCCUCGACAGCGAAUCCUGUUUUUGCAAUGACGACGACGAGGAGGAGGAGGAGGAGGAGGAGGAGGAGGGUGGAAACGACGGUGCGUCCUGCGGUCGAUCGACCUGCUGCUGCUGUCGGUACGACCCGUUCGAGGACGACUCGCCCGAGUCGAAGAUAAAGGACCUGCCGUUCGCCCUGAAGAAACUAGCGGUGAUGAGGUGCCAGAUGAAAAAGUGGCGGCUCGAGAGGCUCGAGCUCGAGAGCCAGGCCAGAUCGCUCACGAAGGCCCUGCAAUGUCACGGCGUGGAGGCCAAAAGCGUGCUCAAGCCAGACCCGGUGGUGGUGCACCUGCGCUGUGAGAACGCGAGACUGGAGCGUCGCACGGCCGAGCUCGAGGACGAGGUGAGAGACCUGAGCGAGACCCUGGCCGACCGGGAGUGCUGCGAGGACAACUCCUGCGACGCGGUGGCCUACCUGAAGGAGAGGACGCUGGCCGUGAGGCACCGUUGCGCCGUCGAGAAGAGACACAUGCGCGACGCGAUAGCUAAGCUACAGCUGAGACUCCAGGCGGCCACGGACGACGGGUCGUGCGCGGCGUUGAAUCGGCUACGGGCCAAGCUGGGGGAGCUCAUGGGCGGGGACUGUCCCGAGCGGGUGGCCUCCGUUGCCCUCGAGAAGUCGAUAGAGACCCUGGGCGAGGUGUGCGGGAGCUGCGACCAGCUGAGCCGGGAAAACGAGCGGCUGCUCGCCGAGGUCGAGAGCCUCAAGUGCGAGAUCAGGGAGGAGCCGAAGUUAACUGGCGAGGGGGAGUCGGCGGAGCUGGCCGACCUGUCGAGGCGGAUCAGGGCUUGCGAGUCGAUGGCCAGCCAAAUGCGGCUCCAGCUGGCCGAGCGCGAUGACGAGAUAAACGAGCUGAAGAAGAAGCUGUUCGCCGAGAGGCAGCGCACGAGCAAACUGGAGCACGAGCUCGAGGAGGUAUGUCUUUGCCGGAGGAGCCUCGAAGCUCAGGUCGAGAACACCACCGCCGAGCUGGGGGAGAAGAACGAAAAGAUAACCAAGUUGUUGCGCGAGCUGCGGUGCUCCACGGAGCUGGUGAUGGGGGCUGGGGAGUUGGAGUGCGAGCUGGAGCGUUCGAGGCUCGAGUGCGCCGAUCUCAGGGAGGAGAGCGGGAGGUUGUGCGAGGAGGUGGCCAAGUUGAGGGCGGCGAGCAAGUCCCUCGAGGCGGAUAACGAGAGGUUGUCGAGCUGCCUCGGGGAGCUCAGGAGCAAGCUCGAGUGCGUGGAGUCGGAGAGGAACAAGCUGCGGUGCGGUGAGGAUGACGCUCGGAUGGAGUGCGCCAAGUUGCAAGAGGAGAGGGUGACGCUGCUGAGGUCGAGGGACGAGCUGGUGGAACGGGUGAAAGCACUGGAGACGAGCUUGGAGAAGGCGCGUGGGGAUCUGGGGAGGAUGUGCAAGGCUUCCGAGGAGCUCAAGAAGCAGCUGGCCCUGGCGAAGAAGGAGAGCGAUAAGCGCAAAGAGGAGGGCACGCGGUUAAGAGAGGAGCUUGACAAGUCGAUAGAGGAUUUGGAUUCGGCGAAUCGAGAGAUAAAGAAGCUACAGGCAAAUCUGUGCGCAUUGUGUAAUGUCAAGGGCAGGCUCGAGCGCGAGUUGGGUGAUUACAAGUGGCAGUUGGACAAACUUAAAAAGGGAAACGAGGCUUGCUCCAACAGCGAGCAGUGCAGUUCGAAGUCGGAGAAGCCGAAAAAAGUAAAGUCGGAGUGCAGCAAGGCGAAAAGAGCACCGAACGAGCCGAGCCGGAAAAAGAGCGUCGACGCGUCUCGCCUGGCCAAGGAGCUCGAGGCGUGCAGGGCCGAAAACGCGGAGCUCAAAAGCAAGGCAGAAGCCCCCGAGCUCAAGGACGCCGGGAAAGAAAACAAAUGCACCGAAAAAGUAACUCCCGGGGACGACCAGCUCGUGCAGGCCAGCAAAGCCCUCAAAGUCGAGAUGGAGAAACAGAUCGAAGCCGUGGCUCGAGUGCGGGGGCUCAUAAAUUAUGCAGAGGGCAAGGCCGAUGAGAAGCCAGGAGCGGCGGGGGACCUGUUUGCUGGGGGAAGCGACAGGAGGAAAUGGUCGGUGGACGAGAUAAACGAUCUGUUCAAGACGUCGCAGCUCUUGUCGGGGGCGAUAGUCAGGACCGAGGAGGAAGUCAGGGAGCUCGAGGACACCACGUCGUUUGCUCGAAAUAUUUUCCAGCUGAAGAAAGUGCAGCCGGGCGAGGGUAAUUGCGCGUGCGACGCGGACGCGUGGCUACAGUCGCUGACGCUGCCCGAGCUGGCUGAGCUGCACGACAGGGUUUGUCUGUUGACUUCGAAGCAAAAGAAAGCCACCAAUGGUCGGGGAAAUGCCACGGAGCGGCUGUUGGACGCGCGUAUAGCUACUCUACAGCGGCAAAUUGGUGAAAAGAAGCGAGAGGCUGUGGUCAGGGCCAACGAGAUGCAACGGGCCUUGCUUGCCGAGCAGGUUCGGCUGAUCGGGGUACCGGACGAUUUGACCUCGAGGCGCAGUGUCAACGCCGGCGUAUUGCCGAUGGACGAGAGCACUAGCUGCCACUGCGGACAGGAGGAGUGCACGAGGACCGGCCACGAGGCUUCCAAGCCGUCGGCCGUCUGGUGUCGGAAAUGA